AUGGGGCUCCCUUUACCACGAAGUUUACCCAGGCCGCUUCACACCAUUUUUCUUUUAAUUCUUGGCUUAUUCGUGAUUCAAACAAUACGAAACCUACCGAGCCGAUAUUCAGAGGCCCAACCUGAGAUUUUUGUCGCAGGCCAGGCCUUGGCCCCUACACAUGGCUUAAAUUGGUCUCGCUUUGCUUACGUGCAAUAUGCCACUAGUGCAUCCCACGUUUGCAACUCUCUCAUGAUAUUUGAAACUCUUGAUCGUUUGCAUGCCAAAGCGGAUCGAGUCCUGAUCUAUCCAAUGCAAUAUUUGUUGGAGGAUGAGAACAGUACUGCGAGUAGACUACUUCGCAAAGCUCGGGAUCAAUACAAGGUCAAAUUGGUUCCCGUCCAAGUCCAGAGCCAAGCCAGUGGUGAUGCGACCUGGGCAAGUAGCUUCACCAAGCUGCUGGCAUUCAACCAAACACAAUAUGAUCGCGUCUUGAGUUUGGACUCGGAUGCAACUAUUCUGAAGCACAUGGAUGAAUUGUUUCUAAUGCCGCCAUGUCCCAUUGCCAUGCCUCAAGCGUACUGGAUGCCCGAGAGCAAACUCACCUCUGCGUUGAUGCUGAUCACACCAUCCGAAACCGAAUUUGCUGAAGUCAUGAGCGCAACCAAGCACUCAAACGAGAAUAUGUAUGAUAUGGAAAUUGUGAACAAGCUCUACAAAGACCGUGCACUUGUCAUCCCGCACGACCCAUAUAUACUGUUGACGGGCGAGUUCCGCAAUCGUAAUCACUCGAGUUACCUGGGAAAGGAGGGAGAAUGGGACCCGGGUGAAGUGCUCAAAAGAGCUAAAUACUUACACUUCUCCGACUGGCCAGUGCCAAAGCCCUCGGAUGAGCCUCCAGUAUAUAUUUUAGAUGAAAAGAAACCUGGUUGCCACUUGAGCCCAGAUGAUAGGGAGGUUGAGGAUUGUCGUGAUCGGCAUCAUUGGCUCGACUUUUAUGCCGAGUACAGCAGACGGCGUGAGGUAUGUUACUAUCACAAAUUCUCCUUAGUGGUCAGCUGUUGA